GUCAAUGGGCGAUCAAUGAGGCCCAUGGCCUAGGAUGGUGACCUCCAUUGCACAUUUGGGGAGGGGUGCCCGCCUAAGGUCUGCCCAAAAGUGGCAGAGCCUACGUCGUAAUUUGUGGUAGUGGGGGCCUGCGUUCGCGCGGCCCCUUCCAAAUGCCCCAGUUUCAACCAUUUGCCGCUGUGGAAUCGUAUCGUAUCGUUCAGAGUUCCACAUGUCCCUCGGAUGAGUGCUUUCGCAAAGGAGGAAAUGAGGGUGCAGAAAAUGCGAUGUCGGUGCUAUGUUCCGCCUAAUACACUCCAAUGCUCAAGUGGGAGUCCUUCCCUUUUAUUUGCAUGGAUGGCAGACCAGGAAGGACAACUGUUGAGACGGAAGGGAUGCAUCGAGUUGUACGAAGCCCUAAUGGUGGAGUGUGUGCCCCCGACAAUCAGUGGGUGGUGCCUCCAUUCGCAGGCCUGUUACCUACAGUCUGUGGAUGCUCGGGGUCUUUGUCUUACAGCAAAGAUGACGACACACUCGUCUGCUUGCGUAGAGGAGAAAGAGAAGAUCCAACUAAGCGAGAGAAGAUCAGGGAAGAGCCAAGAGAAGGCAUGAACCAAAAAGGGGGUCAGUGCUCGGCAACCCAAGCCAGCUCCCCCGACCGACUAGUGAUCGACGUUGAUCAGGGCUCGUCGUCGAGACCUUCUUGGCGCGGAGCAGUUCUCGGCCCCUUGGCCGAGAACUCUAGAAGACCCGACUUGACCACGAUGCAUGCCGGUCCGAGCCCAUCGCGUCCCAACUUUUGAUCCGACGACAUACCUAUAAUAAGAUAUGUUGGCCUAGAGUUCGUAGAUGUAUUAGAAUUCGAAUUCCACAAUCCCUAGAAGGAUCAAGAUUAAAUAGGGAAGUAAGUCAAACCCUAAAGGUCACGUCGAUUUCUAGUAUUCUAGAAUAUUGGUGCAAAUUUGGAAGAAUACUAGAGAGUCAAAUUUAUGCAUCAACAAGAGAGUUU